GAUCGGUGACGGUAUAUAACUUGUUUUCCAAAUUGCAAGUCUGUUAUUGACCGGCGAUGACAAUGAGUAUUUAUAUUCCUGAAUGAGGGCAAAUAGGAGUAGUAAGUUCACGCUAUUUACAACCUCGUAUUAAUAUUGAUAAUGCGAGCUUUAAAUAUUUUACUAGAAAAGAGAAAGCCCCUUGUUGAGUAUUAAAACUCUAACAUCGCUUUAUAUCAACACGCGAUUCACAUGUUUCAACUAUUCAACACAUUGCAACGCAUGUUUUAUGAAUUUGCUCAUGGCAUCUACGAAUUCGCCAAAGAAAUCUUAUUUGAUGAGGAAGAGCAACCGCCUGUACACUACAGAGCAAACGUGCGACGUCUCCAGGCUGACCUACGACGAGCAAAAGUUGAACUUAAAGCGGAAAAAACGAAAACGAGCAAACUUUCAAGCGCUCUACAACUUAAAGACAAUAAAUACAAAAAACAACAAGAAUACACGGACACAAAUCUGGCUUCAAUUGUGUCGAAGUUGUUGUUAUUAGAAGGCGAGUUAAAGCGGGAAAAACGAGAAAUAGAUGAGACGAUAGAAGUGAAGGAUAAAACCAUCGUGUUGCAAGCAGAGCGUAUUUUAAGACUGGAACGAGUGAAUAUGCAAAUGAGGCAAGAGAUGACGAGGUUGAAGAAAAUGUGCGAGGGCAGCAUUACGAGAGAUAACUUGGAUAACACCAUUAAAAGUUUUGGACCGUGUACCCUUGAUGCAUUGAAUGAAGAGACAAUCUGUUAAAUAAACAAACUCUCUCUUUGUUACAAUCGUCUCGCACGAAGCCGGUUUAACAUCAGUCGCAGAACAUAUCAUCUCAUGAACUGACCUACUAUUGCAUGUUGAUCUUAGUAUAUAAAAUAUAUUUU